GCACAACAAUUGAAUCUCCGAAUGAUUACUAAUGAUAUCCUGCACUAACCCAGAAUGGAAGCAACCUCUCCGAAGCGGAUCCACCGAUUUCAUGACAUUCUCCGCAUGAUUUUCGACUUGACAUCUUCUAUUUCCACCCCAUUCUCAAUUGUCGCAAGUCGCCUGCGCGAUACGGAGAGUAGUAUCAAUGGCUUCCUCACUCACAUCCCUGACCCAAUCCAUGGGCAGGACCGGUCGUCUGUAUGCGCGAGCAUCACCGAAACUUUGCUCUUCAUCAUCGUCCUACCUCUCUCGCUCAUCCAUAUCACAAGUCGCAACCAUCCGCUAUCAGGCGCAGUCAGUUCGAAACAUGACAUCACGCAAUGGCCUACGCUCAUUUUCGACAACGUCAGCCAGACCAGCAAAGACAGUCCAACAGAUGAAAUCUAGACAACACACUGGUCCAUUUUCAUGGAAAGCAGCAUUGUUGUUCGUCCUCACCGGUGCGGGAAUGAUUAUCUACUUUCGUGUUGAGAAGGCUCGAUUGGAGCGGAAGAGGAUUACGGAAAUGAGCAAAGGAGUCGGAAAACCUAAGGUUGGAGGACCGUUUGUUCUCAAGGAUCUCGAUGGGAAGGAAUUUACGGCGGAAGAUUUGAAGGGGAAAUAUAGUUUUGUAUACUUUGGCUUCACCCACUGCCCCGACAUCUGCCCCGACGAACUCGACAAAAUGGCCGCCAUAAUCGACAAGGUAAAAGAAGCCUCCAACGGCGCCGAAGUCAUGCGCCCCGUAUUCAUCACCUGCGACCCAGCCCGUGACACACCCGAAGUCCUGAAAACAUACCUGGCCGAAUUCCACCCGGACAUCAUCGGAUUGACGGGGACGUACGAACAGGUGAAACAAGUCUGCAAAGCGUAUCGAGUCUAUUUUAGUACACCGGAGAACGUGAAAUCGGGGGAGGAUUAUUUGGUGGAUCAUAGUAUUUAUUUUUAUUUGAUGGAUCCCGAGGGGGAUUUUGUGGAGUGUGUGGGUAGACAGGAUACGCCGGAGAGUGCGACGAGGUUGAUUAUGGAUCACGUGCAGGAUUGGAAGAGGGAGGGGAAGAAGUUGGAUGUUUAGAUUGGCCUUUGGAAUGGAGUGGAUUGUAUAUUAUAUUUUUUGAUAUGUGGGUAGAAUGGUAUUAUUAGCUAGGAUGGAUUUAAUAAUCACUCAUCUCUUCAG